UUUUCUAUCUCUUUCUUUCCGUGCCCACCAAAAAGCCGUCGAGUGCGGUUUUUACAUCUGUAGAUAACUUCAGAUUCUGAAUCAUCAGUUUUGUGAAAUAUUUAAUAUAUUUGGACCCUAAUUGUUGUAACAUAUCAACAAAAUGUCGAACUUAGUACAUGAAAAAAUUUGGUUGGACAAAAACAUCUAUGGUGAUGCUGAAAGAAAUUACUAUGAAUCUUUGUCAAAGGUCCAAGCUACCCCACUUUCAGUAGCUCGAUCUUCUUUGGCCAGCGAAGUUGCUAAAGCUAGACAACAUAUCAAAGAAUCUUUAGAAUGUAUGGACAGUGUCGCCACCUUAGCAGGAGUUCCUAACACUGAGUUGACUACCAAAGUCAACAGUCUAGAGAAAGAAAACAGUGAUCUGAAGAAGGCUAUCAAUGAUUUGCGCAACCUUGUCAUUAGCCUUCAGGCUCGAGUUGAAACACUGGAAUCAACAGGUGGUGCUAAAACUCAACCUGCCAAAGCACCAGCACCUACCCCAACAGCACCAGCUAAAGCACAAGAUGAUGAUGAUGAUGAUGGAGUUGACCUUUUUGGCUCUGAUGAUGAGGAAGAGAGUGCAGAAGCUGCAAGAAUAAGAGAGGAACGUCUUGCAGCAUACAAUGCUAAAAAAGCCAAAAAGCCAGUUCUUAUUGCCAAAUCUAAUAUCAUAUUAGAUGUAAAACCAUGGGAUGAUGAAACUGAUAUGGCUGCUAUGGAGAAAGCUGUAAGAGAUAUUGCUACUGACGGUCUUUUGUGGGGAGCAGCUAAACUUGUACCACUGGCAUAUGGAAUCCACAAGCUACAAAUAUCUUGCGUUGUUGAAGAUGACAAAGUUUCCAUUGAUUGGUUAACUGAAGAGAUUGAGAAAAUUGAAGACUUUGUUCAAAGUGUGGAUAUUGCAGCUUUUAAUAAAGUGUAAAACUUAAAAAGACACAGAAAUUUAAAAUUGAACUGAUGGAAUAAAUGUGCCUUUUUUAAAAAA